AAAGUCUUAGUCUUCGCUUCUCCAUUAUCUCACUAAAGUUCUUUGUUUUUCAGUCACCAGAUAUUGAUGGCUUCGUCUUCUUCUUCCUCUUCUUCUAUCAAUCCUCAGUGGAAGAAGUAUGAUGCGUUUAUAAGUUUUAGAGGUGCAGACAUCCGAAAAGGUUUUCUCAGUCAUCUGUACGAAGCUUUGAGUAGAAAACAAAUCUGCGCCUUCAAGGAUGAUAAACUUGACAGAGGACAAGAGAUCUCACCAGCUCUCUUGAAAACAAUUGAAAACUCAAGGGUUUCCAUAGUCAUUUUCUCAGAAAACUAUGCCUAUUCUCAAUGGUGUUUGGAUGAGCUUGUCAAGAUUCUUGAAUGCCAGGAAACUACAGGACAAAUAGUAUUACCAGUUUUUUACCAAGUAGAUCCCUCAGACGUUCAAGACUUGACAGGAAGAUUUGGGGAUGCACUUGCUCAACAUAAAAAAAAUUUCAGAGACUGUUUAGAAAAGGUGGAGAGUUGGAGCUGUGCUUUGAAGGGAACGGCCAACAUUUCAGGGUGGGAUUCAAGAAAUAUUGAGUCUGAAUCUAAACUAAUUGAGGAAAUUGUAAAUGAUAUUGGCAAGAAAUUAAAUCACUUGUUUCCCAGUGUUUAUGAUGAAGAUGGCUUUGUUGGAAUUGAUUCUCGUGUGAAGGAAGUUGAAUCAUUGUUAUGUCUUGAGUCAGAAGAUGUGCGUGUGAUAGGAAUUUGGGGAAUGGGAGGUAUUGGUAAGACAACUAUUGCUGACAGAGUAUUUAAUGGAAUUGCAAACAAAUUUGAGAGUCAAUGCUUUAUUGCAAAUGUCCGAGAAGAGUUAGAAAAGCGCACUCCAAUUCAAUUACGAGAUGAAAUCCUUGGCAAAAUAUUAGAGGGACAAAAUUUUUAUGUAGGCACACCAUAUACAUUGCAUCCUUUCAUUAAAAGAAAUCUUCAUAAUAGAAGAGUUCUUAUUGUUCUUGAUGAUGUGGAUGAUUACUUGCACCUAAGAGACUUACUUGGAGGGUGGAAUUUGUAUGGUCCAGGAAGUAGAAUCAUUGUAACAAGCAGAGAUAAGCAAGUGCUUGAAAUUGUGGACUGCAAGAAAUAUAUUUAUAAGGUUGAGGAACUAAAUGAUUGUGAAUCUCUUCAACUCUUUAGCUUGCACGCCUUCAAACAACCUCAUCCCGCAGAAGGAUACAUGAAGCAGCUAUCAGAGAGAGUGAUAAGUUAUACUCAAGGAGUUCCAUUAGCCGUUAAAGUAUUAGGCUGCAACCUUUAUGGUAAAAGCGUGACAGAAUGGGAAAGUGAGUUGAAAAAACUUGAAACUAUUCCCAAUAAGAAAAUUCAGGGCAUUCUGAGAAGAAGUUAUGAUGAACUAGAUGACAAUGAAAGGAGUAUAUUUCUGGAUAUUGCAUGUUUUUUUAAAGGGGAAGAUAAAGAGCGUGUAAAAAAUAUACUAGAUUGCUGUGGUUUUUCUGCAGAAAGUGGAAUACGUAGUCUGCUUGAUAAGUCUCUCGUAACUAUUUCCGAAAAGAAGGUGGGGAUGCAUGACUUACUACAACAAAUGGGUAAGGAUAUUGUUUGCAAGGAAAAUAAAGUGCCCAGAAAACGUAGCAGGUUGUGGGAUGCCCAGGAUAUAUAUUAUAUACUGACAAAAGAAAAAGGGGCUGAAAGUGUCGAAGCCAUAUCAUUUGACAUGUCAAAAAUUAAAAAUAUGGAACUAUGUCCUUCUGCCUUUGAGAAAUUUUAUAAGCUUAGAUUGCUAAAAUUUUACAAUCCUGGUUCUGAGGAAAUCAAGUUACAUCUUCCUAAAGGCCUGAAAUUUCUUCCAAAUGAGCUGAGGUUUCUCUACUGGGAUCAGUACCCUUUGAAAUACUUGCCAUCAAAAUUUUGCCCUGAGAAUCUUGUUGAAUUGCAUAUGCAGAGUAGCCAACUCAAACAACUGUGGAACGAAGAUGCUCCGUGUCUUGAAAACUUGAAAUUUAUGGACCUCAGCAACUCGAAACAACUGAUCAAAAUUCCAGACCCACUGAAAUUCCCAAAACUUGAGAUUGUUAUUUUGAGAGGCUGUACGAGUUUGGUUGAAGUUUCCUCGUCUACUAAGUAUCACAGCAAGAUUAUAGAUCUAAAUCUUGGAAACUGCAGAAAACUCUGCCAUUUUCCAAGCUGCAUUUAUUUGACGAAUGGUGUAAGUCUUUCUUUCUAUGGUUGCUCAAAACUAGCUCAUUUGCCAAGUGGCUUAGGCGAAUUUAGAUGUGUUGAGUAUCUUAAUCUCAUCGGAUGCACAAAGCUUGCGAGUCUUCCAAACAGCAUAUGCAAUCUGAAAUCUCUAAAACGGCUAGACAUCUCACAUUGUGUGAAUCUCGAUGGAUUGCCAGAGAACUUGGGGGACUUGGAAUCUCUGGAGAACCUGAUUGCAACGAGAAGUGGCAUUAAAAAACUGCCAGCUUCUGUCAAUCAGUUGAAGGAAUUAAAAAUCUUGAUCUGUGAUGAAAUUGACGGUUUGCUAUUGCCUCCUUUGACAGGCUUGGCCUGUCUUUAUUAUCUUUCUCUCCAGGAUUGUGGUAUAUCAGAAAUUCCCAGUAACCUUGGCUCUUUAGGGUCAUUGAUAUAUUUAGUUUUAAGUGGAAAUAAUUUCAAAAGCAUACCUACAAGCAUCAAGCAAUGUUCUGAGUUGAAAACACUUAUGUUAAGCAAUUGCAAGAGGCUUCAAUUUUUGCCGGAGCUUCCAUCAGCUCUUGAAUGGGUAGAUGCAGAAAAUUGCACAUCUCUGGAAUUUGUAUCAAGCACAUUCAUACAAGGAUAUAUGAAUUCCUAUUUGGAUUUGGAUCUUAGCAAAUGCAUUAAUUUGGAUCAGAGCUCAUUAAUGGAUUGUCUACUGCUCAAACUUCAAAGCAUGGGACCACCAGAGGACCAAUAUUUGGACAAAGAGGCUGAUGCAACGAAGUUUGAUUGCCUAGAAUGUUUAUGCAUUGCGAGAAGUGAAGUGCCAAAAUGGAUGAUGUACAAAAAUGAUAAUGGAUCUUCAUUGUCAUUCUCUCUCACAACACCCCAUGCUACCGACUUCAUUAAGAUUGCUUUUUGUGCUCUAUUCGCACCCAAAGUUAAUGAUUCUCGUAAUUUAUUCAUGGCUAUUUCAUGCAAAUACCGCUUCAUAACUGAGUCUGGAGAUAGCCUCGAUGUGAAUUCCUCUUGCUCAAAGUUCAAUAUAAAUGACAUUUCCCUCUGGUAUUCCACCAUUCAUUUUAAUUCUAAGAAAUUCCGUAUCAGAGAGGCCUCAUUUCAAUUCUAUGGUAGAACCGAUCAAAGAGAAUUUAUUAGCGAGGUCAUACACAAGUGUGGAGUCCAUCUACUGUUUGAUCAUAACUUGGAAGACGAUGAUGAUGAUGGUAAUGAUAGAAAAAGACUGUCAGCGAUGGUGGGCUAUGAACGGGCCGAUGACGAGGGGUUGUUCUUUACUCACUUUUCUGGAAUGUCGGAUCAAGUUCCUGAGGAUGAUUAUGAGCAAUAUCCAGAGAGGCAUGAGUUUAAAGGUUUUGAUUUAAAUUUCGCAUUAUCUUUUUUAUUCACCUUAGUUAUCUGCCUGGCCGCUAAUUCAGAUCAAACCAAAGCCCAACCGACCCGGAUGAUCUUUGCUUUGAUGCUCAUUUAUGUAUGUUUGAAGCUACUUUCCUUCAACUCUUCUCUGUCUCUUCAUGGAAUGCGCAACUAAACUUGGUGUUGAAGAAAUUUUGUUUUUAUAAAAUAAUGUCUUUACUUGUAAGGAGAGAAAUGAAAACUUGAUUUUAAAAUUUUAUGUAUAAAUUGAGAAUUAUGUAUUUGUAAAUUAUAACACUAUUAAGCUAAGUCUGC